AGAAGCAGCACAAGGGCCCUCGCUGUCAGCACCUGAGGCGUAAGAGCGCGUUGCCUUCAGCCCCUCUUGCUCGUGAGACUCGGAGAGGUUGGUAGAGACGGUUGAGGACCUCGCACACCAGUUAAAACCAGCAAAGCCUGUCAUAGAGACACAGAUGGAGGAGUUGGACCCAGCUCCCCUGGGCAUGGACGGCAAGCAACCAGCUAACUCACCACCAUGUGUGGAAGAGUCGUCGGUUGUAGAUCCAACUGCACACGCCAUCAUGGAGAUCUUUACUCACUCUCAUAGCGACGGGUACAAGCCGAUGCCCUUUUAUCAGCGUUUCAAAGAAGAGAUUCGAUUGUGGGGCUCGGAAUCGAGAGAGAGGAUGGCAUGGUACACCUACGACUGGGCCAACAGCAUGUUCGCAGCGAUGGCCGUGACUUUCUUCAUGCCGCUGCUAUUGGCGUCCAUGGCAAAAACUGCCGCCUUCAAGGGCAAUCUCAUCCCUACCUGCUCAAAUUGCACCUCCUACAGUUGCCCUCAAAGCGUCGCGAGCUGUCAGAUGUGUAUCAUGGGUGAAGGAGACAAGUAUUGGAACGCUAGCAGUCAAGAAUGGACGGACCUGCCAACCAGAACCAUCGCCUGGUGGCCUGGAAACGUUGAUGCCUUUCAGUUUGCGACGAGAGUUGUAUCCUACAGCGUCAUUCUUCAGUUGAUCAUCUUCAUCACGAUAGGAGCCAUCGCAGACUACGAGAGGUACCGAUACGUGUUCUUCUUGGGUUUCAUCAUUGUUGGGAGUAUAUCUUGCAUGCUGUUGAUCAGUGUGACGAGCUCGUCGCUCUACGUCUAUGCUGGAGCUCUCGUCAUCAUCAGCAAUGCGUGCUGGGGGGCAGCCAACGUGCUCUACAACUCGUACCUUCCCUUGAUCGUUGCGGACCACAAGGAAGUGGUUGCGGCGAACGGGAACCAUGAUGUAUGGGAGGACAUCGAGAACUUCAUGAGCUCUCUCGGCUUCAUGAUGGGGUAUGUGUCGGGGAUCAUCAGCACUAUCGCUGCUCUCAUCCUUGUCUCUGUUAUCGCUAAUCAGGAGGUUGCAUACAAGAUCAACAUCUUCAUCGCGGGGGCGUGGUGGGCUGUGUUUUCUGUGGUGACCUUGAGGGGUUUGAAGGUGAGAAAAGGAAAGUCAAGCACUGGGGAGAGAUUUCUCAUCUUCCGCGGAUGGUAUUCUACGUUCAACUCGUUUGUACAUGCUGCUCAAUACCCGGAAACCUUUAAGUUUUUCCUCGCUUGGUUUUUCUACUCAGACAGCUACUCGACCGUAGCUCAGGUCGGCGUGUUGCUGGCUCAGCAGCAGCUUUGCAUGCCUGGCUCUAAGCUGGCAUUCAUCCUCGUCUUCACCAUGAUUUUUGCGCUUUUUGGGAACAUGUUCUUUCUCUGGCUGCAGCAGAGGUGGGCAAUCGGGUCAAAGGCGAUCGUCACGAUCAACCUCUUCGGUUACAUUGUGAUCUGCGUGAUCGGGAUGAUGGGGUUCAUUCCAGGCUCCAAGGUCGGCUUCAAGACCGACACAGAGGCUUACGUGUUCGCACUGAUCCAUGGGUUCAUGGUCGGGUCGCUCCAAUCUUUCUCUCGCACCAUCUGCUCCGACUUGUCUGUUCCUGGGAGGGAGUCGGAGUUCUUCGCUCUCUUCGAGAUCACCAACAAGGGAUCCUCCUGGCUUGGGCCACUGAUCGUUGGAGAGCUGUAUCGAGCGAACGGGAACAUGAACUACGGGUUUCUGUACCUUUUCCUCAUGAUCGUUCUGCCGAUGUUUUUGUUUUGGAGUGUGAAGCACGAGAAGGGGAUGCGGGAUGUUGGAAGGUGA